AUGGGCUGCCUCCCGAGAUUCCUGCUGGCACUGGGGCUGGCAGUGGCUCUAGUGCAGCCUUUGGGGGCUCAGGAGGGCAGGAACCUGGCCGAGGAAGAGGAGGAACAGGAAGACGAAGGGGUCUUGGUGCUCAACCAGAGCAACUUUGCCCAAGCCCUGCAGAAGCACAAACUGCUCCUGGUGGAGUUCUAUGCCCCCUGGAGCGGGCACUGCAAGGAUCUGGCCCCGGAGUAUGCUAAGGCUGCCGCCCUGCUGAAGGAGGAGGGCUCUGCGCUGAGGCUGGCCAAGGUGGACGGGGAGCAGGAGAAGGAGCUGAGCGCAGAGUUUGGAGUCAGCGGGUUCCCCGCCCUCAAGCUGUUCAGAGACGGCAACCGCACUCACCCGGCAGACUUCACAGGCCAGCGAGACGCAGAGGGAAUCGUGAAGUGGCUGAAACGGAAAGCUGGGCCCAGUGCGGUGCUGCUGGAGAAUGUCAGCCAGGCGGUUGCUUUCCUGGACGCCAACGUGGUGGCAGUGGUUGGAUUCUUCCCUGACCUGCAGGAUGAAGACGUGCGCCUCUUCUACGAUGUGGCCAGCGACGCUCCAGACGUUGCUUUCGCACUCACCAACUGCUCGGAGCUCUUUGAGAAGUUCAACGUGACCCACCCUGGCACCGUCGCUCUCUUCCGGAAGCACGAUGAGUCCCGGGAAGACUUCCUGGUGGAUGAAGAGCUGGGCCUGGACGGGGCGGAACUGGCACAAUUCAUCCUGGCGCAGAGCCUGGAGCUGGUGAUGGAGUUUACCAGCCAGAACUCCUCCAGGAUCUUUGGGGCAAAGAUCCCAAACCACCUGCUGCUCUUCAUCAACAAGACGCAGGACUCUCAGCUGGAGCUCCUGGGCAGCUUCCGAGGUGCUGCCUCUGCCUUCCGGGGACAGGUGCUUUUCGUGCUGGCCGACGUCAACGGGGAGGGAGCCCAGAUCCUGCACUUCUUUGGCCUCAAGAGCCACGAGGCUCCCGCCAUCCGCUUCAUCAACAUCGAGAGCAACAGGAAAUACCUCUUGGUCGCAGACGGGUCCCUCACGGCUCCUGCCAUCCAUGCCUUCUGCCAGGAGGUGAUGGAGGGCAAAGUCCAGCCGCACCUGAUGAGCGAGGAGAUUCCAGAGGACUGGGAUAAGGCGCCCGUCAAGACCUUGGUCGGCAGAAACUUUGAGCAAGUGGCGUUUGACGAGAGCAAGAGCAUCUUUGUGAAGUUCUAUGCCCCCUGGUGCCCCCACUCCAAGGCGAUGGCGCCCGCCUGGACAGAGCUGGGUGAGAAAUAUAAAGACCGCGAGGACGUCCUCAUCGCCGAGAUGGACGCCACGGCCAACGAGGUAGCAGAGCUCCCCAUCCGAGCCUACCCAACGCUGUACUACUUCCCUGCAGGGCAGGGCAAGAAGAUGAUCGAGUACCGGAGCACCAGAGACCUGGAAUCCUUCUCGGCGUUCUUGGAGAACGGGGGUGAGGUCCCUCCCCAGGACGACACCAAGGUGAGUUUCAGCGGCAACCCCUCCUGCCCACCCCGAACAUUGAGUCUGUCCCCGUUCCCAUGGUGA